GUUCAGAGCUUUAGGUGUUGUAACCUCACUUUUAGUCAUGUCAGGUCGCGGAAAGCAGGGAGGCAAGGCCCGCGCUAAGGCUAAGUCGCGCUCGUCCCGCGCCGGCCUGCAGUUCCCGGUGGGGCGAGUGCACCGCCUGCUGCGUAAGGGCAACUACGCCGAGCGGGUGGGGGCCGGCGCGCCGGUCUACAUGGCGGCGGUGCUGGAGUAUCUGACGGCGGAAAUCCUGGAGCUGGCGGGGAACGCGGCCCGCGACAACAAGAAGACGCGCAUCAUCCCCCGCCACCUGCAGCUGGCCAUCCGCAACGACGAGGAACUGAACAAGCUGUUGGGCAAAGUCACCAUCGCCCAGGGCGGCGUGCUGCCUAACAUCCAGGCCGUUCUCUUACCAAAGAAAACCGAAAGCCACAAAGCCAAAAGCAAAUAAACCAUGACAAGCCAAAGACCAAAGGCUCUUUUUAGAGCCACCCAAA